AUGCAGUCGGGUAUGGCAAAAGUUCACAUCGCCUUACUUUCCGACUCCCGUGACGUACAAUAUACAUACCAUCGCAUCGCGACUGAUGUACCAUUCCGCAAUCAUUUUACCCAUGAGCAUCAGAGACUUGGGGUCGAUCGGGAUCACCGCAUUGAGAUGAUAACAUGA